AUGUAUGACAUUUGUGGAAUGCGAAGUGAUGGAAAAGUAGUGAACUGUGCUUCCGGUUCUCCAGCAGUAAAGGAGUCAAGUCCAGCAAGCAAUUCCUUCCUAGUAGGCUGUCCGGCAUGCUUGAGGAACUUUUUGAAUCUGUUCUGUGAGCUCUCAUGCUCUCCAAAUCAAAGUUUGUUCAUCAAUGUGACUUCUGUAUCCCAGGUCAAAAGUAACUCGACUGUGGAUGGAAUUGACUUCUACAUAACUGAUGAUUUUGGUGAGGGAUUGUAUGAAUCUUGCAAGGAUGUCAAGUUUGGUACCAUGAAUACUCGUGCAAUGGAAUUUAUUGGUGCCGGUGCUAAAAAUUUUAAGGAGUGGUUUGCUUUCAUUGGUAGGCGAGAACCGAAUAACAUGCCUGGUUCACCAUAUACCAUUCAAUUACCCGUCCAGCUCAGUUGGUAAGAGCGCAAGGCUCUUA